UAACGAGCAGGACCCGUUAUUUCCUCCCGCUACCUUCGGGCGCCGCGCGGCCACGACCUCCCCCGUCCCGUCCCGUCCCGUUCCGUUUUGACCUUCAUCAGCCGGUAGUAGUAACCCACCGCCGCAAGCAUCCCACCGCGCUGAGCUGAGCUGCACGACGGACGCGGCGGCCCAACCCACCAACUCCUCUAUAAAUCCACCCGCGAGUGCCCCCACCUACCGUCUCCGCAGCCUCGCUCGCUUUCCCCAAAUCCACCACGGCGUCAGAUCGGCUCGGAGGAGGCGACGACUUGCCUUUGCUUCCUGCGCAAUUCUUGCGUUUUCUUGGAGUCAAUGGGCAGCGACUACGUCACCAGCCUGCUGAUGGGCGCCGCCGCCUCUGCUCCGGGGCUCGACUUCGGCGCGCUGGACGGCGGGUUCUUGGAGACGCUCUGCGGCGGCGGUGGCGACCUGUUCGGGACGGCGGCGGGGGGCGGCGGGUCCCGGGAGGGGUCGUCGGUGUCCGACCCGGCGUGGGCGCGCGCGAGGGACGGCGGCAAUGCCAGGAAGAGGAAGGCGCCCGCGGGAGCCGGCGGCGGGAAGGGCGAGGAGGCCUGCUUGGGCAAGGUGGGGGAGGCUAAGGGGCCGGAUGGGAAGAGGUGCAAAGUGGGCAGCGGCGAGAGCCCGGUGAAGCCGAAGGUGGAGGAGGCGACAGCGAGCGACGGCUCGGUCGGGGACAGGGGGACGAAGCAGAGCAAGGGGAAGAGCUCGAAGCCGGCGGUGGGUGAGGAGCCCAAGGACUACGUCCAUGUCCGGGCGAGACGAGGGCAGGCGACUGACAGCCACAGCCUUGCAGAGAGGGUUAGAAGAGAGAAGAUUGGCCAGAGGAUGAAAUUUCUUCAGGACCUGGUGCCAGGAUGCAACAAGGUGGUUGGCAAGGCACUCAUGCUUGAUGAGAUUAUAAACUACGUUCAAUCGCUGCAGCAGCAAGUUGAGUUCUUGUCCAUGAAGCUCGUGACCGUGAAUCCGCAACUUGACUUCAGCAACCUGCCUACACUCCUACACAAAGAUAUGUACCUAGCAUGUGGCCCUUCACAGAGUUCGGUCUUUCCAUUAGAAAGUGCUGGUGGGGCUUUUCCGUUUUGUGACCAAGCAGAUCUCUUCCAGUCCUUUGUUUCGGGUGCUAUGGAAGAUCAGUGUUCUCUAAGUCUGUUAGACACAGCUCUACCCCACACAACCAACCCACAGUUUGCUUUUCAGAAGCAGCAAAGGGACUUCUGGGAGGAUUGUCUACAAAAUGCUUUGCAUAUCCGCAGUGAGCAAAGCCAGGACGAUGGGGUUUCAGCACCGGAAUUUGACGGUCAGUUACAAGCUGAUUCUACAAAUAUUGAGUUCUAGUCCCUGGUAAUCUCCAAGGUUGAUAUUUUUGUAUAUAGGGAGUAUGAAGACCUGUGGCAAGUGAAGUCCUAAGCUGACUGCCAUUAGACUUUAGGUCUGAGAACUGAUUAAUUUCAUGAUAUGCUGGAUGUACGGCAGCUUGAUUCUUCUCAUAGAGAUCAUAUCGAUCUCGUAAAAUUAAAGUAGAUUGUGUAAUAGAUAUGGUGCAAAUAUUACAAGCACCGUCCUCCAAAGUUCUAAUAUGUAAGAUCUAGCUGGUAUUGGAACGAUACCAUGUACUGUUGCAUUUUAUCUGAAGAUGAAACGUAUGAGGUAUUUCUCCUCACAUUGCUACAAA